AUGGACGAACUAACCCAAGCCCAAUUCUUCGACCAAGCCAUCGGGUACGUGCUAUUCAACGGCGGCCUCUCCUUCCUGAUCGCAUCAGCUAUGCGACGCGGUCUCGCGAGGGUUGGCGGUCACACGUCGAUAUCUUCCCGCGAAUUCCUGAUUUUUGGCCUGAUCAUUCCAACCUGCUUUGCCUGCUUUCCCUUCCUCAUCAUCGCAGUCGUGAGCUACAUAUACGGGAUUCCGCAACCAUCCACAGACGGAUCUAGUCAAAGGAUUUUUGGGCUCACGACCCGGACCCUGCAUGGAAUGAUGGGCGUAUCUUUGGCGGGUUCCAUCAGCAAUCUGAUCGUAUGGUUCGCCAUCAAUAUCGAAUCCGAGUGGGACAAGAUGGUUCGGGAGGCUGAGAAGAAGAGGAAACGGACACGGCACUGCAACACAUGCGUUUGCGAGAUUGAAAAGGGGCAACUUGGCCAGGGUGCUACUCCGCCAGAGGAACUGCACGGCAAAUACCAUCGAUUCGUGUGGCGAGUGGUCAAGGCCGGAGUUUCGAGCGAAAGGGAGCGUGUUGUCUUCCAUGACCACGAGGACCUAGAGAGACGGAAUGAGCUCGUGCGUUCCAGACCGUUCGCUUUUGUAGUGUAG